CCUGGUUUCCCCGUCAGUCUGCGGGUCCCGUCUGGCAGCUGCUUCCGGUAGGAGCCCGGUGCAGGACCAGUCGGUCUCAGCUCCUCGUCAUGUCCUACGGUCCCUUAGACAUGUACCGGAACCCGGGGCCCUUGGGGCCCCAACUCCGGGACUUCAACAGCAUCAUCCAGACGUGCAGCGGCAACAUCCAGCGGAUCAGCCAAGCCACUGCUCAGAUAAGGAAUUUGAUGAGCCAACUAGGAACUAAGCAGGACUCAAGCAAGCUACAGGAAAAUCUGCAGCAGUUACAACACUCCACAAAUCAGCUUGCCAAGGAAACAAAUGAAUUACUGAAGGAAUUAGGGUCCUUGCCGCUUCCCUUAUCUACUUCAGAACAGCGCCAGCAGAAACUUCAGAAGGAACGCCUCAUGAAUGACUUCUCUGCAGCCUUAAACAAUUUCCAGGCUGUGCAGAGAAGGGUAUCUGAAAAGGAAAAGGAGAGUAUUGCCAGAGCAAGAGCUGGAUCUCGUCUUUCUGCUGAGGAGAGGCAAAGAGAGGAGCAGCUCGUCUCAUUUGACAGCCAUGAGGAGUGGAACCAGAUGCAGAGCCAGGAGGAUGAGGUGGCAAUCACCGAGCAGGAUCUGGAACUUAUUAAAGAGAGGGAAACGGCAAUUCGGCAGCUGGAGGCUGACAUUUUGGAUGUCAACCAAAUAUUUAAAGAUUUGGCCAUGAUGAUCCAUGACCAAGGUGAUCUGAUUGAUAGCAUAGAGGCCAAUGUGGAAAGCUCAGAGGUACAUGUAGAAAGAGCCACUGAUCAGUUACAGCGAGCCGCCCUCUAUCAGAAAAAGUCUCGCAAGAAGAUCUGUAUCCUGGUGCUUGUCCUGGCAGUGAUUAUUGUAAUUUUGGUACUUACUUUGUACCUAUUUAAUAAAUGAAGUGAUUGCCUCAGAGCCUUCUCCCACUGAGCUGUUUUCAAGGGCAAGUGCUUGUUGGAGGCUUGCCAGAACAAACUGAUCACAAGAAGAGAGCAUACACCAGAACGUCCUGUAAUAAUUUAGUUAGAAACUAACUACUAACUAGUCGUUGGAAUUAGUGACCUAUGGAGACAGUAUUUAUCAGUUUAUGUGUAAAUUUUAUUGAUUUCUCAAAUUAGGAAUUAAUUUAUGUGGAUUUGCUUUCUCUGGUAUUCCUGAUUGCCCUUCAUCCCAAGUGUUUACUGAAAAUUCCAUUCUAGAUAUUCUUGUUUUGACAGGUGACACUACAGUCUUGUAAUAUUGUCUUUUUACGUGUAUACAGGAUUUACCUUUUUUACUAGCAACUGAGAUAGAAUUACCUUCUGGCACCCAGCAUAUUGGAGUCUGUCAGACUGUAUAAUAAGCCAGCAAUUUUUAUUGUUUAACAUUUGAAUUUGAAUUUCUAAGAAACCUAUUCUUUAUCUGCUUUGAAAGAUUUUGACAAUGUAUUUAACUGGAAAGUAAAAAAUUGCACAUGUGAUGCAGAUUAAAUGAGAAGUAUUUAUUUGAGCUGGCCAGUUGUUGGGGUAUAUGUUAAUCUGGGUUUAAAGUUUACUGUAUUAUCUGCUAAUGUCAUCCCUAGCAGUCCAUCCAUAUACACAUUAAACCAUCUCGCUCACUUUUGAAGAGAUUAAUUUAAUUAACACUACUAUAUUCUAUGAGGUCCCUCUCCCACCUGUCUGUAUAGAAAGGGAGAAUUAGACAAAGCAUGCUUUUGGAAAGCAAAUAGGAAUUGUUUGGAAUGAUUUAAUCUUUUUGUUAUUGUUGUUCAGUUGUGUUUCUACAUUCCUGGUGAAUGAUGAAUGUUGCUGUCAAAAGGCUGCCGCCUACCCUAUAAGGGUUUGUGGGCAUCUGAUGGCAGGAAGAUUUUAAAAGCUAGACUGAAGUUGGUUUAAAAUUUAGUCCUGUGAACCUAGUGAUAAAGCGAAGAAAAGGUUCAUUUUUGUAAAUAAUACUGGUUUGGAAUAGUGAUGUUAGACUUAUCCUAAUUUAUGAACAAGAGAUUAAUCUCUCCAUACAUAGUUUUAGACAAAAGAUGUUUCGAUAAAAGAUUGCUGUCUUGUAAUAUAAAUGUUGUCUACUUCCCUUUUUCACAGGUCUAGAGCAGUUAAAGGGAAUAUAAUUUCUUUAGGCUCUCACAUAAAUGUGAAUUACACCAACAAUUUCAGUUCAUCCUUUAGUGAAUUAGAGUAUUUGGCUCCCCUGGAUAUAUUUAUAUUCAUCCCUUUGAUGUUACUUAAUCCUUUAUUAUACUAAUGUAAACAACAGGGAAACAAGGGCCUAAAUGCAUAAGUUUCUUUGCAUUCUUGUACCAUUCCACCCACUUAAUACAAAUAAACAUUUUAAAAGA